UGCAGCGCAGCCAUGAGCGUGGGCUCGCUUGAGCAGGAGCCGGCGCGCAAGCUGGCGUGCUGCGGGGUGCCGCUCAUCACCGAGGACAUGCAGGCGCUGGCCAUCCGCACGCUCUCGGGCACCGACGUCACCAAGCACUACGAGCUCAUCCGCGAGCUGGGCAAGGGCACCUACGGCAAGGUUGACCUGGUGUCCCACAAAAGCACAGGCACCAAGAUGGCCCUGAAGUUCGUCAACAAGAGCAAGACGAAGCUGAAGAACUUCCUGCGGGAGUUCAGCAUCACCAACACGCUCUCCUCCAGCCCCUUCAUCAUCAAGGUCUUCGACGUGGUGUUCGAGACCGAGGACUGCUACGUGUUCGCUCAGGAGUACGCGCCCGGCGGGGACCUGUUCGACAUCAUCCCGCCCCAGGUGGGUCUCCCCGAGGAGCUGGUGAAGCGCUGCGUGCAGCAGCUGGGCCUGGCCCUGGACUACAUGCACAGCAAGAGCCUGGUGCACCGCGACAUCAAGCCCGAGAACGUGCUGCUGUUCGACCGCGAGUGCCGCCGGGUGAAGCUGGCCGACUUCGGCAUGACGCGCAAGGUGGGCUGCCGCGUGAAGCGCAUCAGCGGCACCAUCCCCUACACGGCGCCCGAGGUGUGCCAGGCCGGCCGCGCCGAGGGCUUCGCCGUGGACGCCAGCGUCGACGUCUGGGCUUUCGGGGUGCUCAUCUUCUGCGUCCUCACCGGCAACUUCCCCUGGGAGGCGGCGGCGGCCUCGGACGCCUUCUUCGAGGAGUUCGUGCGGUGGCAGAAGGGGCGGCUGGCGGGGCUGCCCUCGCAGUGGCGGCGCUUCACCGACGGCGCCCUGCGCAUGUUCCAGCGCCUCUUGGCGCUCGACCCCGAGAAGCGGUGCCCGGUCAAGGAGGUUUUUUACUUCCUCAAGUGCGACCUGAUGAGCGAGGCGCGGCGCCGGCCGUCCUACCGCUCCCGCAAGCACGCCGGCGACAAGCUGCCGCCCGCGCCGCACCGCCACGACGCCGCCGCGCCCUGCACGCCCGCCCCGCUCAAGAGGACCGUGCUGACGGAAGGCAGCGGCGCCCCCCGAGCCGCCGAGCCCCCCGCGGGCCCCCCGGGCGCGGCCGCCAGGACAGACGCCCGCCAGGACAAGGGCAAAGGGCAGAUGGUGUUGGCCACAGCCAUAGAGAUCUGCGUCUGACGGCGGCGCCUGGCGCCCCCUCCCCACUGCGCCCCCCCCGGCCCGGGGAUGAGGAUGAGGAGGAUGA